GGGACCAGGACCCGCUCUGCCCUGCCAGAUGCAGACAUGGUGCCCCUGCUGCUGCUGCCUCUGCUGUGGGGGGGGUCCCUGCAGCAGCAGCGAGGCUACCAGUAUGAGCUCCGAGUGCAGGAAUCGGUGAUGGUGCAUGAGGGUCUGUGUGUCCUCGUGCCCUGCUCCUUCUCCUACCCGUGAGGUUCGUGGUCUUCCCCUAGCAAAUUCUACACCUACUGGUACCGGGACGGGGACAACAUAGACUAUGCUGCUUCUGUGGCCUCAAACAACCCAAAUAAACCAGUGAAGAGAGAGACCCAAGGCCGCUUCCUCCUCAGGGACCCCAGGACCAACGACUGUUCCCUGAGCAUCACAGACGCCAGGAGGAGUGACACAGGACGCUACUUCUUCCAAAUGGAGAUAGGAACUCAAAUGAGACAUAUUUACAAAGAUAAGAUGCUGGAUUUGCAGGUGACAGACAAACCCCUCAUCCAGAUUCUGGAGCCUCUGGAGUCUGGCCGCCGCACACAGCUGGCCUGCAGCCUGCCAGUUUCCUGUGAAAGGAAACAACGUUUCACCUUCUCCUGGGCGGGAGCAGCUGUGGACUCACUGAACCCCCAGACCCUCCGCUCCUUCAUGCUCACCUUUACCCCAAGGCCCCAGGAUCACGGUACCAACCUCACCUGUCAGGUCAAAAUCCAACAGCCUCUGUUGACCACACAGAGAACCAUCCGGCUCGAUGUUUCCUAUGCCCCUCAGAAUCUCACCAUAGGCGUCUCCUUCAGAAAUGCCACAG